AUGGCGAUGGUGCCGGUGCCGGUGCUGGUACGCGGGGGGUACAUGGUGGUGCCCAAGCCGGAGCCGGUGGAGCUCUUCGCCGGCGGGGGCGGGAUGGUGGUGCGCAAGCCGCCGCCGAGGAACCGGGACCGGCACACCAAGGUCGAGGGCCGUGGCCACCGGAUCCGCAUGCCGGCCACCUGCGCCGCCAGGAUCUUCCAGCUCACCCGCGAGCUAGGGCACAAGUCGGACGGCGAGACCGUGCGCUGGCUGCUGCAGCAGUCCGAGCCGGCCAUCGUCGCCGCCACCGGCACCGGCACCGUGCCCACCAUCGCCACCACCGUCGACGGCGUGCUCCGGAUCCCCACCCAGUCCGCCUCCUCCGCCGUCUAUGCAAAGUAAGGGGGUUUUCUGUAAAAAAA